GUUCGGUCCUAGCCGCGUUCUCCGCCGCUUCCCUCUUCUCUCCCCGCCUCCCGGCGUCUGCACCGAGGCGGCCCAGGCGGAAUCGGAGCCGGAGCCGGAGCCGGAGCCGGAGCUGGGGCCUCAGAGACGUGGAAACAUGGAGGCCUGAGCGGCGUGCGCCACCCCGGCUUCGGCGGCGCCGCGGCUUCUCCUGAUUGCCGCCUGCCACCCGCUCGUCGAUCUGUGAGCUGGAAGCGGACCUCCCUGCCGGCUGAGACAGGCUGUAUUGUGGAAAUGAAGAAGUAAGAACAAGUUAUUCACCAAAUUAGAAGAUGGGAUCGAACAGCAGUAGGCUUGGUGAUCUUCCUAAAAAUGAGUAUUUAAAAAAGUUAUCAGGCACAGAAUCUGUCUCUGAGAAUGACCCCUUCUGGAAUCAGCUUCUCUCAUUUUCUUUUCCUGCACCAACCAGCAGUACUGAGUUGAAGCUCUUGGAGGAGGCAACUGUUUCAGUCUGCAGGUCUUUAGUUGUAAACAAUCCUCGUACAAGAAACCUUGGUGCACUAAUCAAGGUCUUCCUUUCUAGAACCAAAGAACUAAAACUUUCAGCAGAAUGUCAAAACCACAUCUUUAUUUGGCAGACACACAAUGCUUUGUUUAUUAUUUGCUGUUUGCUGAAAGUGUUCAUCUGUGAAGUACCAGAGGAGGAAUUACAACUUCAUUUUACUUAUGAAGAAAAAUCUCCUGGCACUUACAGUUCAGAUUCAGAAGAUCUUUUGGAAGAAUUACUCUGCUGUUUGAUGCAGUUAAUUACCGACACUCCACUCUUAGAUAUUACAUAUGACAUAUCAGUAGAAGCGAUUUCUACAAUGGUUGUUUUCCUUUCCUGCCAACUCUUUCACAAGGAAGUUUUGCGACAGAGCAUCAGUCACAAGUAUUUGAUGCGAGGUCCAUGUCUUCCAUAUACCAGCAAACUUGUGAAGACUUUGCUGUAUAACUUUAUCAGACAAGAAAAGCCACCUCCCCCAGGAGCACAUGUUUUUCCUCAGCAGUCGGAGGGGGCAGGGCUGCUCUAUGGACUGGCAUCUGGAGUGGCAACUGGACUCUGGACUGUCUUCACACUGGGUGGCGUGGGCAGCAAAUCAGCUGCUACUCCAGAACUUUCUUCUCCUCUGGCCAACCAGAGUGUCCUGCUCUUGCUGGUGCUGGCCAACCUGACAGAUGCAGCAGAUGCACCAAACCCCUAUAGACAGGCCCUCAUGUCCUUUAAGAAUACACAAGUAUUUACAAGUGAGAAGGUUUUACCCAUUCUUGAGAUUCUGUAUCAUGUCGAAGAAAGAAAUUCACACCAUGUAUAUAUGGCCCUUAUAAUAUUGUUGAUCCUUACAGAAGAUGAUGGCUUCAAUAGGUCCAUUCAUGAAGUGAUAUUAAAAAAUAUUACUUGGUAUUCAGAACGGGUUUUAACUGAAAUCUCACUGGGGAGUCUCCUGAUACUGGUUGUAAUAAGAACCAUCCAAUACAACAUGACAAGAACAAGAGACAAGUACCUUCACACAAAUUGCUUGGCAGCGUUAGCAAAUAUGUCAGCACAGUUUCGUUCCCUCCAUCAGUACGCUGCCCAGAGGAUCAUCAGUUUGUUUUCCUUGCUGUCUAAGAAACACAACAAAGUUCUGGAACAAGCCACACAGUCCUUGAGAGGUUCUCUGAGUUCCAACGAUGUUCCUCUACCCGAUUAUGCACAAGACCUAAAUGUCAUUGAAGAAGUGAUUCGAAUGAUGUUAGAGAUCAUCAAUUCCUGCCUAACAAAUUCUCUUCACCACAAUCCAAACUUGGUGUAUGCACUGCUUUACAAACGAGAUCUCUUCGAACAAUUUCGAACUCAUCCUUCAUUUCAGGAUAUCAUGCAAAAUAUUGAUCUGGUGAUCACCUUCUUCAGCUCAAGGUUGCUUCAAGCUGGAGCUGAGCUGUCAGUGGAACGAGUCCUGGAAAUCAUCAAGCAAGGGGUUGUCGCCCUGCCCAAAGACAGACUGAAGAAAUUUCCAGAAUUGAAAUUCAAAUAUGUGGAAGAGGAGCAGCCUGAGGAGUUUUUUAUCCCCUACGUCUGGUCUCUGGUCUACAACUCGGCAGUGGGGCUGUACUGGAGCCCACAGGACAUCCAGCUGUUCGCAAUGGAUUCCGACUGAGGGCAGGUCGCGCCUCACGCCCUGCCCCUCUGGCCAAGCAGCCCUUCUAGUCGUUUCUCUCUGGGGAACAGAAGUAGACAGAUUGCCAGUGUAUCUUCGGUAAAGAGAAUCACACAGGCGUGUUUCCCUUGCACACUUGGAUUUGAAGAGUUGGUGCCAGUUGGCAGUAGAUCACUCAGCUUAGAUUGUAGUGCAAAAAGAGGGGGUGGGUGGUCGGGGGAUACAUAACCAUAAUAAAUGUAAAAACCUGCUAUUCCACAUGCAAUUUUAUUUCUAAACCAAAAAUCUAGAGCUUUUCCAGGGUGCCUCCGGCAUAUAACACUUCACCAGGACAUACUUUUUUUUUUGCAUGUUCAAGAUUUGUAUUUUGGUCUUGGGGGUAUGUGUUUCUUUCAAUAUUAAGAAAUAAUCAAUCUGAGAAGAUGACAGGAAGGGAAUUAAGGUGGUGAAGUCCCGUAUGUGGCUGCCUCCCAGAGGACCACAAACUAAGAAACUCUGCCCAGGCAACGGGCUCGCAGCCUUUUGGACCCUCUGUGUCGUUCCCUCAGAGAGAGAAAUGGCUCCUCGGGUGAAGCCCAGAUCAGCUUUUCAGUGGUUUUGGCCUCUGAGCUGUAGCCAGAAUUAAAUUGGAGUCUAGCACAAAUUAAGUUAAUCUACUUUGUAUUAAUCAUUGGAAAAAGAAAAGCUUCGUUUGGAAAGCAGUCUUUUUCCUUCAACCAGACUAGUAGGACAGAAGGGAGACCGAUCCGAUUAGUAAGUGUUCCCCGUGAGGUGGAAAGCAUGUUUUUCUUUUCUUUUUAAGCCCUUUGGAUUUAAAUUCUGCAAUGCGAGUGUUUGGCGCCUGAGCUGGAGGGGAGCUCCCCUGAGGGCAGAGCGCAGGGAGCUGGUCAGUGAGGGCCAGUGCUCGGCCCUGCCUAGUCGCCCUGCGCCCCUGACUGGCCCCUCCCAGUGGAGACCUGCCUGGACGAGACACUGCUGUGUAUCGGGGACCAGCGCCUCCUGCCCACAUGCCCUGGGCUGGCCCUGACUUUUUGUUCCGUCCCUGCCUUCUGAGGCCAGGGAGGAGCCAUCUGGGCUCACAUCGGGCCCCGUAAAAGGUGGGGCGCCCUUCUGCCAGGUCAGUGCACAUCUGUGUGCCGUCCACCACGAAAAGCCUGGCCACUCCAUCCUCCCGGCAGGCUUCGAGGUUGGCUGGGUGGCUUCGUCUCCCUGGUGGGGACAGCUGCCGAGACUGAGGCCUCCAAGGCCAGCAGAGGAAGGGCUGUCGCCACCGGGUAGGCCAUGAGACAGAUGCAGAUCGCCUGCCUCCUCCUGGGCCACAGCCUCUUAGCUGUCUGGCCUCGGGCCUCCCUUCACUGAAGGCCACACAGCCUGCCCAGCCCAGCAGCAGAAGCACUAUAACAGCUCACUUAGUCAUGGGGCGGGGGGGGCAGGCAGUUUGAAGGUGGAAGGAGCAGCCCUUUCAGGAGGGGGAACUGAUUUGAUUAUCAUUUCAGGUAGCAAUUAUUUUUAUUUCCUACGUGGGGAAAUGAUUUACAGCUUUAAUUUGUUUCCGAAGCAUUUUGAUUCACUUCCAUUUUUUAAAUCAAAACUCAAAGUGUUUAAUGGAGUCUCUGGUAGGACCCCAGGACCAUCCCCCAAGUGCCAGGGGACAGUCACUGGGUACAGGACUGUCACUUCUGGCGAGAGACAAGCAGCCCCCCAAAGGUGACUCAGAGAGGCUCAGCCUCUCCCCGGGGCUGAGUCUCCCAGCUGCCCAGCAUCCCCGACUCACCAGAGCCUCCCCCUGCUCGCCCCCUCACCCCGUCAGCCACACAGCAGAAGUGCUCACUGGCCUGAAACGACCGCAGACACGCAGUGCUGCCUGGUCUUUCGAGGCUGCCAGGCGCCUAUUUUUGUGAAAGAUUUAUUACUUGGCAAUAAAGAAAUUAAUGAUAAACUUUAAUACAGUCGAGUGUUAAUUUGCUUGGAAAUUUUCUUGUUUUCCACAAAGUAAAAAUGUGUGUGAGGAGACACUGUCAGGGCCCUCACGUGUCAGGGUGGAAUUAACAUCUGACUUUAUCCUGGUAUGAAGGUGUCAUCGUAGGAUGGCAUCAACAGAUGGUU